AUGACUGCCGUGCCACGCUGUGCCACUGAAUUGUUUUUGGCCAAAAAUGUUGAACUUGAUACAUCAUCUAUGGUUAAACUUGCUAUGAGAUCCUCGGUGAACAGAAGUUCAAGAGGUCGGGGCGGGUUCAAAGCUCGAGGUCAUGCUAAAGGGCGGAGACAGCCGGACGACACGACCAAGCUGCCCGCUCGCUUAAGUGACCAGUUAGAAAGUCGAACUGUUGAUGGUAGUGGAGACAAAGAACUUGAACAGCGCUUUGCGUUACGCUUCAAUAAGAAGGCCUUUUCAAGGAAGGCAGACCGUAAACAGCAGCGGCAAGAGAAGAAGCAGAGAAUUUCGGCCCACUACGGACGGAAGACACAACCUCCAACAGAAGUGGAGCCUGGUACGAAGAAGCGAAAGCAAGGGCCAAUCCAGCACGACGAUAUCCCAAAGAAACCCAAACUUCAGAUAGUAUCUGAGCCGCCGAAAGCGGCUAGAAAACCACCGACCCAGGUCAAAACAAAUGACCCAUCUACCGAAAAGCGUCAAUUGGAACGACUCGCCAAAAAUAAUCCGAACUUUUACCGGCUGCUGAGCGAACAACGACUGGUUGUGGGGGAUGUGACAAAGUCAGCGUUCAGUGCUGACGAAGAGCAAAUUGCCAAAUAUGCUAAAAAAUUGGGAAUCAAGGAUCAGAAGAAGAUGCCUUCAGCAUUCAGUGAGGAUGGUCUUGAUUUUCUUUUCAAAGGGCUCAUGGGCGGAGGCGAGUCGGAUGACGAAGACUUCGCAACGGACUGGGCUGAGAAUCGCAGGAAUGACAGCAGUGAACAGGGCUUGGAUGAGGAGGAGGACGAUUCAGAUUUUGAUAGAGAUUCGGAGCUGGGUAUAAAUGGAAUUGAAGGCUCGGUCUCUCCAAAUGAAGGAGACUCUGAUGAGUCUGAUGAUGAGGGUUUUGACGAGGGUUUUGAUGGACAGGAAUCAGAUGAGAGCGAGAUACCUGAAGUUGAUGCAUCCCUUCAAGAUGCGGAAAGCGAGAACGAGAGUGACCACGAGGAUGAGGAUGAGGAUGGCUUACAACUGGCCGGGGAAAGUGAUGAUAAUGAUCAGUCUGAGAACUUUGAGCAAAGUGUGGAACAAACUGAUGCCAACGUGGCUACGACGGCGAAAUACGUUCCGCCACAUUUGCGCAAACAGUCUGAAAAUCAAAGCGAGCAAUAUAAACGCCUGAAGCGACAGAUACAAGGAUUGUUGAACCGACUGAGCGAUGCAAACAUGGAGUCCAUUUUCGUUAGCAUUGAGGAAUGCUACCGAAACAAUAGCCGGCACGACGUUACAGAAAUUUUGACUGACUCUAUUGUCGCGUUUGUCGGUGACCAUGCAAAUCUUCUGGAUUCCUUUGUACUGACGUACGCUGCGUUCAUUGCUACGCUGUUUAACGUAAUCGGCGUGGAGUUUGGAGCGCACAUAGUUCAAACGAUCGUGGAGCUUUUCGAACAGUCUCGAGCAGAGUAUUUGGCAGGAUACAAAAAGGAUCCUGAUGGCGUAGAGGCCAAGAGCAAGCGAUGCACAAAUUUGGUCAUAUUACUGGCAUACCUGUACAAUUUCGAAGUGGUUGCAUGCGUCCUGAUCUACGACAUCGUGCGAAUGACCAUCAGUGAAUUAUCCGAGCUGGAUGUCGAGAUACUAUUGAAGAUGCUGCGGAUCUGCGGGUUUCAGCUCCGGGCGGACGAUCCGUUGGCCCUGAAAGACAUUGUCCUGACGAUUCAAGAAGAAGUCAAGAAGCGAGAAGUGGGAAGUACCAGUACGAGGUUCAAGUUUAUGGUGGAAACAAUAAUGGAUCUCAAAAACAACAAACGGAAAUUGCAAAAGAAAGGAAUUUCCUCUGGCGGAGAGAGCACCCAGCAAGAGCGAUUGAAGAAGUUUGUGACAAAUCUAGCAAGUAAGAGAUAUGUUCACAAUACAGAACCCCUUAGGGUUGGAUUAGCAGAUAUCCGAUCCGUAAAGACCAAGGGGAAAUGGUGGCUGGUGGGCUCAGCUUGGGCUGGACACGAUGGUUCUGUUGACGCCGAGGGCGGACUUCGUGACAGCGACGUUCAAAGAACGACAGCCGCGGAUACCAAGGACGAUUUAUUGCGCCUCGCCAAGGCGCAAAAAAUGAACACUGACGUUCGGCGCAGUGUGUUUAUCGUCCUAAUGAGCAGUGAAGAUUGUGUGGAUGCUUUCGAACGACUGCUCAAAUUGAAUUUGAAGGACAAACAAGAACGAGAAAUCGUCAGGGUGCUCGUUCACUGUUGCUGCCAAGAACGCGUGUACAAUCCAUAUUAUGCACUCGUCGCUCAGAAAGUAUGUCAACAUGCACACGGCUUCAAGGUUACAUUUCAAUAUGCACUUUGGGACGCAUUCAAGGCAAUGGCAGCAGGAGCUGGAGAGGAAGGCGAAGGAAUGGAUGUACGAACGGUGUCAAAUAUGGCCAAACUUUACGCACAUCUUAUCGGGACGAAUGGUCUAACGCUGACGGCCCUGAAGGCACUCACAUAUACCUCCCUCGCGCCCCUCCAAAUUCUAUUCCUCAAACUAUUUCUGUCCACUCUUUUUACAACAUUAGCUCAAAGCGAGCUCGGUUUACGCCAAGUUCUCAACCGAGCAUUAACUAACGAGAACGUCCGAGAAGGCUUGGGUUUCUUUAUCAAGGGAUGGGCACGCGAGGGUUACGAAGUUGGGGGGAAGAACGUAGAUGAACAAGCGGUGCGAAGAGGCGGCAAGAUUGCCAAGGAGGUUCUGUCUGGUGCGUCGUAGUAAGUGGUGUGAAGCGAAUCGCUAUUUCUGUAUCAUAUUUCCUUUCCAAUGUUGCACGACAGAGUAGUAGAUACAUAAUCCUUGUACAUCCACCACGAACAAUUAUAAACACUAGUCAUAAACACUACAAUAAAUAGUUUAGAACCACAAACACCACCCAGCGCAAGAUGGCAAUUGUAAAUGCCUGUUCUCACAGCGAUGGUAAAUAAACGCAAAACGC